GUGAGCGGUACCUACACCUUCAAGGUCCGCGUCCUUGACGCGUCACUCGUCCUCGCCCCGAUCCGUGUGCCGUUACACGAAGAGGACCCAUUCGCCGUUGCGGGCGUCUCGCGCGGCCGAGUUCUAGCCUAAGAGGGUCUCCCUCCGUGAAGAAUCGGAGCCCUGCGCUUCAGCACUUGACCCCCACUCCCCUCUCCCGCGCGCCCUACCCCGCCCCGGAAGUGGUGAACGGAUACGUUGCCAACGUCGCCACCCCACCCCUGGAUCGGUUCCCUUUCAUCCCUUCCUGAACUGUAAGCGUUUCGAAGCGUUCAGUUGACCGGGAGUGAUUGAGGGGUAAAGAGUUGGGUGACACCCUGGAAGCGGCUCUCGUGGCAAAACGACGACAGCAACGACGUGGUCGAGAAGAGGAAGUUGCAUUCCCCGCCGAGGGUCAGGACGAGCAUGAGGUCCUCGCUGGUGCUGCUCCUGGUAGCAGCUUUCGUCCUUGCCGAGGGCUCGAUCCGAGUUAAGCGGCAAGAGGAGAAGAAGGAAGAGAGCUUCGAGAGCGAGAUCUGUAAGGACAAGGAUGCGGGCGAGUGGUUCAGAUUGGUCGCGGGUGAGGGUGACAAUUGCCGCGACGUCAUCCAGUGCACGAGUUCCGGUCUGCAGGCGAUCAGAUGCCCGGCCGGCUUGUACUUCGACAUCGACAAGCAGACCUGCGACUGGAAGGACUCCGUCAAUAAUUGCAAGCUAAAGAACAAAGAGAGGAAGGCCAAGCCCCUGCUUUACACCGAGGAGCCGCUCUGCCAAGACGGCUAUCUCGCGUGCGGUGACGGAUCUUGUAUCGAGAGGGGUCUCUUCUGUAACGGAGAGAAGGACUGCACUGACGGCUCCGACGAAAACAUUUGCGACAUGGACAACGAUCCCAAUAGAGCUCCACCAUGCGAUCCCGCCGUGUGUAUCCUGCCCGACUGCUUCUGCUCGGAGGACGGUACCACGAUACCCGGCGACCUCCCGUCCAAGGACGUUCCCCAGAUGGUCACGAUCACCUUCGACGACGCCAUCAACAACAACAACAUCGGCCUCUACAAAGAAAUCUUUAACAGCAAACGCAAGAAUCCGAACGGCUGUGACAUAAAGGCCACCUUCUUCGUGUCGCACAAGUACACCAACUACUCCGCGGUCCAGGAGAUGCACAGGAAGGGCCACGAGAUCGCCGUCCAUUCAAUCUCGCACAACGACGACGAGCGCUUCUGGUCGGACGCGACCGUCGACGACUGGGCCAAGGAGAUGGCCGGCAUGAGGAUCAUCGCCGAGAAGUUCGCGAAUCUGACGGACAACAGCGUGGUCGGCGUGAGGGCGCCGUAUCUACGGGUCGGCGGUAACAAUCAGUUCACCAUGAUGGAGGAGCAGGCCUUCCUGUACGAUUCCACCAUCACCGCGGCCUUGAACAACCCCCCGCUGUGGCCGUACACCAUGUACUUCAGGAUGCCGCAUCGCUGCCACGGAAAUCUUCAGCACUGCCCCACCAGGUCACACGCCGUAUGGGAGAUGGUGAUGAACGAGCUGGAUCGGCGCGAGGAUCCGCAAAACGACGAGUAUCUGCCCGGCUGCGCCAUGGUGGACUCGUGCAGCAACAUCUUGACCGGCGAUCAGUUCUACAACUUCCUCAAUCACAACUUCGACCGUCACUACGAGCAGAAUCGCUCGCCCCUCGGCCUCUACUUCCACGCCGCCUGGCUGAAGAACAAUCCCGAGUUCUUGGACGCCUUCUUGUACUGGAUCGACGAGAUCCUGCAGAGCCACAAUGACGUGUACUUCGUGACGAUGACCCAGGUGAUCCAGUGGAUCCAGAACCCGCGCACUAUCACCGAGUCGAAGACCUUCGAGCCCUGGCGGGAGAAGUGCUCGGUGGAGGGACCGCCGGCGUGCUGGGUGCCCCACACCUGCAAACUGACCUCGAAGGAGGUGCCCGGCGAGACCAUCAACCUCCAGAGUUGCGUGCGCUGUCCCAACAACUACCCUUGGGUGAACGACCCGACCGGUGACGGCUUCUUCUAAACUGCCGAGCGCGAUUCUCCUUCUCGUCUAAGUCAAAUUUCUCCUUCUCUUUUCUCCUCAGUCCUGCCGAAAUCCUUUCCUCCCCGUAUCUCAACCUGACGUCGGUCGAAAGGCGCGUCGCGAGUCCAACCACGGCGCCGGAAGUCGCCGAUCAAACGCGCCGCGCCAAGCGUCCUCGAGACUUUCGAGAGCAAGGCGUGGCGAUUACGGCGACGAAACACAUGGAAGAAACGAGGAGAAAGAUCAUCGUCAUUCCGUUAGACUCCGGUUUUAUAGUUGCCAAUAUUUUUUCGCUGCUUUUUAUCGUUGAGAACGACGUAUCUGUGAUGAUUAUAGUUUGGUUCAGUUGGAAUAACACGGAGUCUAAUGGACUGAAGGUGAGUGGAGUAUAAAAUGAAGCUCUCUACCCGCUUCGCAUUCACAGAUGUCCCCUUCAGCAAUGGCGUUCAGCUUCGUCUUCAGUCUUAUACCCGAAAUUCGCACUCCACGUUAUAAAAGGAAAAUCGCUACUGUAUUUCUUCUUUCGCGCGUGCCUCGUUAUCAGCUGGCGAUUAAACCUAACGUUUCAUCACUGCGCCAGCAGUUGUGUGAUAGACUCCCGAAGGCGACGACCUCGAGGUCCUCGAGGCGGCGACGACAUUGACCGAUCACGUUGAACGACGACGCUGACGAUGACGAUGACGAUGAUGACGAGAGCCGCGCGCGCGUUCCACUCGAAAAAACGGCAGAAGCAAAGGCAAAAUGUCGCGCCCCACCCGCGUCCCACGAGGAGAAAUCGCGGAUCCUUCGAUGGAGGCGGCUUGAUGAUCCGCGAGUGGGAUAUUCCGUAUGUAAUAUAACCGUUGUCUCCCCUCCCCCUUCACCCCUCGCAUCCUCCCGAUACCCCUCGAAAGCCACGACCGAUAUCGAUCUAUCGGCGAAAACACGCGCUUUCUUCCCGUCAAACUUCCUCUCCCGCCCACAGAAAUAAUCCUCGAAAAUCGCCAAAUCGAUUGCUCCCCCGAUUCGAGGUGUGCCCUUAUUUUUUUUAAGGGUGUACCGAAUAUAAAUAUAUAUAUAAAUUUAUAAAUAUAUAUGUAUGAAAAUUAAAUAUUGCGUAUGUAUAUUUGUAAAACUCUAAGUGAUACUACCAACGUAGCGUUCUCGACGAACCUUUGAAUAAAAGAUUCUGAGAAAUCACACAUGAAGA